AUGCUGACCGGUCGCGUGCGGGAGAGGCUCUUGCACAAUCUGGCCAUCUGGGCCGAAAACUACGGUACAAACUGCUCUUAUCUCAGCCUAGAGGUACAGCAAAGUGAGCAGGGAGCUGUGGGCACUACUGCAGACCCCAAGAUCGGGAGCUUUGGAGACCCUGAGGGUUAUACACAGCUUUGGAGCCUGCGGCCUACGCGGGAGAGAAGCGGGGUGGACGGCCGCCACCCUGCUCGAUAA